AUGGCAUAUUCAAGCAGCGAGUCUUUAAUAAUGACUUUAUUGGAACAAAUCAGGACUUUGGAGAGCGAAAGAGACAAGGCGUUACAAUUGGCCAACGAACUUCAGGCGAAGCAGAAAGGUGGCGAAAAUUUCCUUGUAGCAGCUAGUAAUGAGGACAGCUUAAGUGAAAACUCUAGCAAUAACGAGGAUGAUGAUUCUAAACUAGAGAAAUUAAAAGAAGAAAAUGAAGCGUUGAAAGGAACUGUGGAAUCCAUGACACAAACUCUGAUAUUCGAUCUAGAAGAAAUUCGACUUAAUGAAGAACAAAGGAGGUUUAACUUGAAACAGCUUGCUUGUGAACAGAGUGAUGAUCAAGCAGGUGAAUUGGAGGAAAUGGAUUCAGAAAGUUACAGGACCAUGUUGGACAUGUGCAAGAAGUACUAUGGGAAGAUGGUUUCAGAACUACAAGAUGAAAGAAGCUCUCUACAGCAUAAGAUUGAAAAGCAGCAAGCUUUACUCUUAGAAAAAGACAUGAAAAUUGCUCAGCUAGAGAUGAAGCUUCAGCAGAGUUCUAAAAAGUAG